AUGUGCUGUACGACACUUCAUCUGCAGUCGGCACUGUAUCAUUUACUCUAAACAUUUAACUCGUGAAAACGCUUUCCGUGUAUAUUUUCUACUGAAGCAAUGGAGAGUCCAGGACGAGGUGCUGACGUGGACGUUGUUGUGGUCGGGGCUGGGCUGGCUGGGCUCACCACCGCCCGUGAGCUCCUCAAGCGAGACGAGGCUUUGAAAAUCGUCAUCAUUGAAGCCAGAGAUCGGGUCGGCGGAAGAACUCUAACUUUACCAGUAAAAGUCAAAGGCGGAAAAGUUGAGUAUUUCGACUUCGGUGCUCAGUGGGUGGGGCCUACGCAGCAUCACGUGUUGAAACUCAUCGAAGAAUUCAAGCUUAAAACUCAUCCUCAGUUUUGCGAGGGCACAAAGCUGAUGCAAAUGACGCGAGGGGAGAUCCAGACGUACGAAGCUGAUCUUCCUACCGUCGGAUCGCCCUGGGCGUACGACGAACAUAAGCGUCUAAUGCAAAAAUUGGAGAAGAUGGCGCAAAUGGUGCGUAUGGACGAUCCGUACGCCAGCCCCCUGGCGCUGCAGCUGACUGGGGUGACGGUGAAGGUGUUCGGGGACCUGCACCUGCAGAGCAGAGCUGCCCGCAGCUACCUCGACCAGAUGUCUAAAGGCUGCUUCGGUGUGGAUGCGGCAUCCAUGCCGAUGUUGUUCUUCCUGGCAUACGCCAAUGCGGCGGGGGGCGUGGAGCCGCUCUUCGGCCUUAAGGACGCUGCUCAGGACUGCGGAGUACAGGGCGGGACGCAACAGCUGAGCAAGCGCUUAGCUCUGCUGGUUGGUCACGAGAAAAUUUUGCUGUCGCAUGCGGUGGUGGCUGUGAGACAGGACAGCGAGUCGAGGAACGUGCUUGUUGAAUGCAGGCAAGUUGACGACAAAACGAAUGAAAUCGUGGGUGAUUUGAAACGAUUCACGUGUAAAAAAGUCGUGAUUACGACUCCACCUCGACUCACCACGAAAAUCACCUUCACUCCUGAGCUUCCGGUGCUCAAGAAGGAACUGUAUGACAACAUGCGCAUGGGCCAUCUCUACAAGUUCCUGGUUACGUACGAACAGCGACACUGGUGCAACAAAGGCUUCAGUGGAGAAUAUUUCUCUAACGGAGGACACAAACUGAACGUGGAGUGCAGCACGGGACCGAUACUCGAGGUUUAUGACGUCACCACACCAACAGGGGCUCCCGCCAUCGUCGGGUUCUUGGGGGGUCGUCAGUCGCUUGAGUUGAGGCAGAAGUCGAAGCAGGAGCGGGGGAUGGCCGUGAUAGAAGGAUUAGUUCUGGCUUUUGGCCCUGAGAUGCGUGCGUACAUCGCGUACGAGGACAAGAUGUGGGGCGACGACCCCUGGGCAGGCGGUUGCCCGUGUGCGUACGCCGCCCCCGGCGACUACCACGCCUGGCCGCAUAUACGCACACCACACGGAGACGUGCACUUCGCGGGGACGGAGACGGCGACGGUGUGGAUGGGGUACAUGUCGGGGGCGAUACAGUCAGGAGAGCGCGCCGCCUGCGAGGUGCUGGCUGACCUGCGACCACAACUCGUGUCACAGGCUGAGGCUCUGCAGGCCAGAGACGCGAGAAACGUGAGAGGACAGUUUCUUCUGGAACCAGAGGAUGUCGUCAUUGGAAAAUCUUCUCUAUAAUCAAACAAUUUCCUCAAAUCGAAGCAAUUAUAUGAUGUGGUGUUCAACUGUUGAAUGAUUUAUAGUUAUGAUUGGUUGAUACAUUUGUAUUCAUGAGUUAUUAUAGUAAAUUCGGUGUACAGUC